CCCUCUGUUCCUCCUUCCCUCCUUGCAGCGCCGGCGAGACCGCGAGAGCGGCGCCCGCCCCGCCAGGGCGAGGGAAGGCGGCAGCCCGCGGGCGGGAAGCUGGAUGAGGACGUGGUGCGGGCAAGGCAGCCCCUCGGGCAUGAAGGGGACCGCGGGGACGCUGCCCUGCCCUGCAGCCGAGCGGGGACAUCAGGAGGACAGCUGCCUUCAGAUGGUACAGAACUCACUGACAGUUGCUCUUGCUUCAGAUCACUUCAUGAGAACUUCAGAAGUUACUAACUGAGUGAUAUUUGGCCAGACCUAAAAUAUCUUCCACUCCAGAUCUGAAAGUAGUGGAAAAGUUAGACAGUUCUCUCUUGGAAAGAGACUGUAGUUUUUUCACAAGUCCACAUUGUUUCAAAUCUCCAAGCAGAUGGUACGUGAACAGUACAUGACAACGACACCAGGCACGAGCCUAGAGAGGCCAAAGAAUGAAUAUAUCUACAAAAUUGGAAUUUAUGGCUGGAGAAAGCGUUGUCUCUACCUGUUUGUUCUCCUCCUGCUUAUCAUCCUAGUUGUGAAUUUUUCUUUGACAAUUUGGAUUCUUAAAGUGAUGUGGUUUUCCCCAACUGGGAUGGGACACCUGCGUGUUACAAAAGAAGGCCUUCGACUGGAAGGGGAAUCUGAAUUCUUAUUCCCUCUUUAUGCCAAAGAAAUCCAUUCAAGAGUGGACUCGUCACUGCUUCUCCAGUCUACUCACAAUGUGACUGUGAAUGCUCGCAAUUCAAAUGGGGAAGUCACAGGCAGAUUAAAUGUGGGUCCUAAAAUGGUAGAAUUCCACGGUCAGCAAUUUCAGAUCAACUCAAAGGAUGGCAAGCCACUUUUUACAGUGGAUGAAAAUGAAGUUGUAAUUGGCACAGAUAAGCUUCGAGUCACAGGGCCUGAAGGAGCACUCUUUGAACAUUCUGUAGAAACACCACUUGUGAAAGCAGAAGCUUUUAAACAGCUUAGGCUGGAAUCACCAACUCGAUCUUUGAGCAUGGAUGCACCACGAGGAAUUAAUAUCAAAGCACAAGCUGGGAAUAUUGAAGCUCUUUCCCAGAUGGAUAUCAAGCUACACAGCAGUGAUGGCGUGCUUUUGCUCGAUGCUGAAACUGUGCGACUGCCCAAGCUGCCUGAGGGUGCCAGGGGUGGAUCCGGGAUUUCUCAGGGGCUCUAUGAAAUCUGUGUGUGUCCAGAUGGAAAGCUCUACUUGUCAGUGGCCGGCAUGGGCUCCACUUGCCAAGAAUACAGCCGAGUCUGCCAGUGAGGCACCCAAAAAGUCACACACCCCUUUGGGCAUCUGAGAUUUGUAUUACUCCUAAAUAGCGUUACUGAAAGCAUAUUUUUCAGCAUUUUAAAAACAAAGUACUUACAAUUUAGGGAACAAAUCUGCAUCUACAGUUCUGGAAUACAGGGUGUAAGGGGAAGAAGAGCACAAAUGACAUUUCCACUUCAGAAGAAUGACUUGAAUCAAAUGUUUUGUCAGUAACAUUUGGAAAACAGCCUUACAGAGAGCAUAAAAAAAUAAAACAAAUGUUUCCUUGCUGAACUAUUAUUCAGUCAGAUGAUUAUGUCAGUGUUCAUAUUUUUGAGAUCCGUGGGUUUUCCUCUCACUACAUGUACACACUUACUGUAUUAGUGGGUGAAAUUAAAUUGAGGGAACUACUUGAAUUAUUUGUAAGACAAACCAUUAUUUGGAGAAUUCAGAAAGUGCCAGCAAAUGGUCUAUGCAAUUUUGUUCUUGCAAUAACACAGGAUAGAAAAAUGUGGUAUUUGUAUGAGUUCUGUGUAAAAGAUGUUGAUUUCCUAAUAGCUUUCUAUUUUAAUUUGGCAACACAUAUGCUGAUUUACUUGUUACUGAGAUUCAUAUAAAAAUAACUAAUGCAAAAACUCCAGAAGUCACAAAGGCCUCUCUGUGUCUCAAAUCCAUUCACUAUACAACAGAGAAGUAUGUUUAAUAGCAAUUGUUUAUUCUACUGCCUGUACCAUCAUAUUUAUUUAAAUCUUUUUUUAUUUUAGGACAUGCUAAUUCAACAAGGCAAUCUGUUGUGCCAGCUGGACUAGUAAAAAAAAAAAAAAGUGUCUUCAGAUUGUCUGACACAAGGAACUAUUUGGGCAGUGGGAAAAAAUCCUUUUAUGCAGCCCACAGAUUUCAAUUAAGAGGAAUAUUUCAUUCCCAUCUGCACCUGUUUACUGGUAUUUUUGAUCCUGUCAGAGUGGGACUCCAUCAAAGAGUAAAAUAGUUAUUAUUUUUUACAUUAAGACUUUGGAUACAAAAUAAAUGCUCUAUUGGCCUUGUAACAAAAUACAACUGCAGUCCCAUUCCCCUGUACAGUGUUGCACUGAACACAAAUAAAUUGUUUGCACACCUCUGGGUAGCAAGACUUGUAUUUAACAGUCUAAUGUUUAAACCUCAUGGGUUUUUAAUUCCUUUGAUGCUGUUUUGUAUGUACUUUACGAUCUUAUUAUCCAGGAAGGAGCUAUCACAUAGUGCCUUGGUGUCUAUUUACAGAAGGAUUUUUAGUAAACCAUGAAUAUCCACCUUUGGGAAAAAAAAUUAAUCAUUACCUUUAAAACACAAGAAUCAGGACAAAAUAACUACUAACUUUUUUAAAACUUGCCACUUCAGCUCUGGUGAAAAAAGGGAAGAAAACAAGAAAAACACACAAAAACCAGAGCUGAGAAAGAGUCCCCCAUUAACAGUUUUCACUAUUAUUAUGGUAAAGCCCAGGGCAGUCCCUGCUUCAAGGGCUGCCUUUGCAAUUUCUCUAAGAGUCUGAUGUACGGGACUAAAACUGCCUUUCAGCAAUUUAUGCAAACUCCAAGAGCUCCAGCAGCGCAAGUAGGAAACACUUAAGGUGAGCUUAGGCAAGUGAAGCAAGGGUUCACAUUAGUGCUCCAACUGCUGUUACACUGCCUAAAGCAGAAGUAGGAAGCCACACAUCUUCCAUAUCUGAAAUUGCAUUUUCUUGGGGUUAGACUCAUUCACUUACUCCUGUCUUCAGGAGUGAGUCCAAGGUUCAUAAGGAGAGAAAUGUUUACCUCCACAACUGUAUUAUCUUGACAUUAUAUGUCUCUAAGCCUAAGCCCUUAGCUGAGGCACACUUUAACAGAAACCUGUCUUCAGUAUUCCUAAAAGCCAGUUUAGGUGGUUCUAGCCACAUGCACAAGCUUUUACAAACCAUAAUACAAGCACACUUCAUUGAUUAGAAAGUUUGAGUACUAAAAUAAAGGUCAGCAAAUACCCUUGCAUGUGCCAGAUACCUAAAAACUGCUGCUACGAGUAACUUGGAGAACUGUAAUGUCACCAAUCUCAUACAGGUGUAGUGUCAACAGCAAAACUGGGACUUGAGUCCUUAGAAAUUUCAGCCAUUGUUCUGACAUCAAGGAACAUAUGCCCAUUUCCAUAGAGUAUCAAACAAAUAAUUCACUAAUCCAACCCCUAAAUGUUAGCCAGAUACUCCAAAAUAGUUAAAAUCUCUUUGUUCUGCUGGCAAUAGAAGCACAACACUAAGUUAUACAUGUUAAGCUUUUGUUUUGGUGGCACAUUUUCAAUGUGAUUUGCCAAUUAAUUGACAGCAAGGGAUUGAACGGAGAGUUUCCAGGCAAGAAUAUCUUGACCCCUAAAGACCUAGAAAAAUCAGGGUGCAGUCCCCUGGCUGGUAAUACUUAAGCAGGAUGGCACUUCAUUUAGGUACUGCAAUAACUAUCACCUUUCUUGUGGAAAUCUUCUGGACUUGCUUCAGUUCACUGGUGGAUUCUGAGUAGUACCAAAACCUAAAGAGGUUUGCUGAACCCUCAGCACUGCCACCCAAAUCACCAAUGUGAUCCUUUUCAUUGCUUAAAUUUGAUUCUUCUUUUCAUUAUGCUACAACACUGACAUCAGAGAGAACAGAAGUUGUGCACAUGUUUUAAAGCAUGACCGGCGACAUCUUGUCACUAUUUUUUCUCUUUUAGGUGUGGUUAGCAGAGAAACAAAAUUUAUGCUAAUGUUACCAGAGCAUAAUCAGCGGAUGCUACAAUCUGAAUUGCUGUUAAUCUCAACAUAGUUCAUACAUCACUAAAUAACAACUUCUGAUAUCUCCAUGUGGAUGUCUAUCCCCCCUCUUUAGUACUUCAAAAUUACUGUUUCUGCUUGAAUCAAACGUCAGUAAAUAGUUACAGAGUAACAGAAAAUUAUAGCACAGGGAAGUGAGAGUAUGGAGUUCUCUAGUUUAUUUCCAAAAGCAUUUUCCAAAUGGAGAAGAGAAAAAAUCACUACCAGCAUAGUGAACUGAUUUGUUUGCAUAUUUACUCCCUCAAAAAGAAUUAUUUACAGCUGUUAUUGCAACUGGUUUCAAUUGUUACACUGGAAAAGCUAUAGAAAAGCUUCAUUGGUGAUUGUGCAAACACAAGCUUUUUUUUUUCCAUUUCACAGUCCUUUAGUAUUUGCAGUUGCCUAUCUUUAUAUAGCUUUAUGCAAAAGGAAAUUGCAAGCAUUGGAAACAGAGUUCUUGAAUAAACUUUAUACAUUUUGAA